UGUAACAUUCCAGGGAUAAGCUCAUUUCACCGUUCACUGAUUCAUAAUCAUCCCAUAAUCGACUAGAAUAGAAUAUUUUAUUUGGUCGGCAUAUAAUGCGUGUUUUUCUCUUAGAGGGCCUCAACUCCGUUCCUGGAUUGCAUGGCCUUGUUGUUCACAUUCACAGACUUUGUGGUAAUGGCGGCACACCGCAACAUCUGUAAAACACAUUGUUCUGAAAUUGGCUAUCGAGAGAAUGCACAAUUCUCACAGUCAGGCAACAGAGCAGGUGUAAGGCAGAAUUAGGCAGAAUUAAUCGGAAAGCAGCAACACUGAGUCAGCACAAAUUGCUGUUUCUGUUCUCAUCUGCAGACGAUCUGUCACUGCCAUUCAUUCAAAAGAGAUGACUCAAGCAAGAUGAUAAAGAAACCAUUCUGGGGAGAGAGAAUAUAUUUUCAGAUGGCAGCAAACUACUUAGUGGGGAAAUAAAUCACAGACUUCAAUCCAGAAAACAGAUGGCGAGAUGCAAGAAAGAUGGAGAUAUUCUGAAGACUUAGGUGCAAUUUCUGGCUUAUGAGGAAAAAGGAAAAACAUUCAGUCUGUGAAGAUGAAGUAUUAAUUAAAAUUCAGUCUUGGGAAAAGAGAUUUAUUCAGGUGGUGGUCAACUAUUUAGAACAGAAAUAAAUCAAUGAAUUCAAUCCACAAAACAAGAUGCAACUGAGAUGGCAAAAUCAUUCUGAAGAUUAAUAUAUUAUAUCUGGUCCACCAAAAAGGGAAACACACUCGAUUUGUGAAGAAAAUACACACUGGUUCAAGUGGUAUAACUGAUGGAGAAAUAAUUUUUAUGUGUAACAGAGAGGAACUAUUUUAACUAAGGGGGAAAGAAAAAGGAGAAAGCAUCUGGAUAAUAUAGAAAUCUGUGAGCAGACAAGGAACAAAGAUUGCAUUGGCUCCAAUAAAAUGAGACACUGGUUUAUGUCAUAUGAAAAACUGUUGUGGUUUGAUUGAUAAUUCAGAGGAUUUUCACAAGGAUUAACCACCCAAUUCUAAAAAUACAGAAAUAAAUAAAAACUAUUCAGCAGAUAGAUACUACAUUCAGAUGAUGGUGAAACCAUCCAGGCAACUCAUGAAAUCAGUCCACAAAAUUAGCAGUGAGUUAGUAUGGUCAACUUCCCACAGAUCAGAUAAAGAACCAAACCCCAGGAAUGAUUUACAGAAGGAACUGGGUAUAUUGACAAUCUGUUCAGAGUAAUAGAAAACUCUAUCGUGCAGAGGACAAUAAAAUACAUUUUCUAGAGAUAAAGAGUAUUGAGAAUCAGCCUGGAAAGAUAAACAAUUUCAUUUAGAUGAAGCAAACAUCUAGGGCAGAGAGAGAUAUUAGGGCAGAGAGAGAAAAUUAUUCUGACAGAUGACACGUACGGUCUGUCCGGAGGAGUGGACAGAAAACCAUUCUGCAGAGACUGUUACAUUAAUCAGCAAAUAUUCUAAAACAUUCUCUGGAAGUACUAUAACAAUUUAUUUUUUAUCCUGGCGUAAAAGGAGAUUGGAAUAGAAAACAUGCAUAAUUGAUAAACAGACCCCAAAAAAUGAAAUGAUGAAGUAAACAUCCAUAAUUUGCAGAAACAGGAACAGUUCGCAAAGAUACAAUUUCAGUUUUUUUGUAUGACAAAAAAUUGAAACCAUUCAAGAGACACUUAACCUAUUUCUUUCAAGGGAAUUCAUCUGGUGUGUUAAUUAUAGAGGAGGAAACAAACAUGCCAUAUGAUACAGAAAUGAAGGAGAUGUAAACAUCCACAUUCUGAAGGGGGAAAAAACAUCAGGGAUUGUAGUUACAGACCGUGAUUGAUGGCUUGCCACUCCUAAAUGGAAUCAAAGAGAGAAAAAACCUCAAAACAGACACAGUCCUGUAAAUGCUCACAACUGACUUAGUGGCGCAGAAAAGAUGAAAUUGAUAAAUGCCUGCACUUCUCAGUAUGAUCAUUCAACAAGUUAUAUCAUACAAUAAUUUUAAGAGCUCUGAAGUAAUCAGCUAUAUAGAAAUAGUGGGAGGAGACUAAGUGCUGCAAUUAGUCAGAGCUGAGAGGGCACGCCCUGGAGGAUACAUAUAUAUAUAUAUGUACGAAACCUCAAUAAGACCGAUAUCGUGAACACUUGGCACAACUGCUGUUGUAGUAACGCAGCAUAUGUGGAUGGUUAGGGGUCAAGAACUGCACUUGAUUUAUGAAACAAGGAGUCCCUGAGGGUAGGUUUUAAUCAUGAUGCUAUGAAUAUUGAAAUAAGGCAGAAAUAAUACAGAUUGGACUGUCAGCCAGAGCUGUAGUAACCUUGAGGCAAUACGUACUCCACUUGUAGAAAAACUCUAAUAACUACAUAUUUCAUCGAGGUUGAAAUAACAAAGGUUUGGCAUGACUGGAAUUGCAGUGCAUGGUGUUUCAGAUUAAAACUGGGAGGAUACAGAGGAUAAGAAUUUAUCAUAAGUCAUCACAACAUUAAUCUUGCAGCUGAAAUACUGUCUGAUACAGUUAACUGUACGUGUGUUUUUUAGUGGAAAUAAACCCCCCCUACAGUGCAUGACACAUGACUCAAUGCCAAAGAUUCUGGAUACUAGCAAAAGGCAGCUUUGAGAGACAACACAGUGUGGUGAUUGAUCAGGCUGUUAGCCAUCUGGGCUGGGAAGAAUAUUCAUACCACAAUAUCAAUAUUGGGGAAAUACUACAGAAACGCAGGAUCUCUUGCAGGAACUAGGUUCAGAGUAUCAACAGGGAAAUUGUCACAUAUGCCAUAAGAAAGUUGAAGUUGAGAAAGAUAACACAGUUGUAAUUAAAGACAGUGUGACAACAACUACCACAUCUGCUGGACCUGAUAAUACGGGAUUCAUUGUACUUUUAUUGGAUUCCAGGUUUCUGACUCUGCCACUGUGCCUUUCCUUAUGACAAAGUUACAUCUUUAUUAGCAGUAACGCUGACCUCCAAGCUGAUUACAGUGGAUUGAUUGCAUUUUUAAUUCUCGGGGAGAUUCUGACAUCAGCACAAUAAAUUCAUUUCUGGGAGGAUUAUUUGCAACACUGACUUGACAUUUCAGCACUGGAUUGAUUACAGAGCGGCACUGUGUAUGAUAUUCAGCAUUGGUUCUGCUAGAGCACAGCUAGCUUAGCACAGAUAUAUAAUCAUUAUAUAGCCACAGCAUAAGCUUAAUGCUCAAAGGUAAGCUGUCCCCACCAACUUAGGACUGUGAGCAUCACAGGCAGCCUUUUGUAUUUGACUUAAGAACGGAUUACACGUGCAUCCAUGCAGUGAGUGCCCGAAGUCAAUCAGGGAUUAAAAGUUUAAAUGCGGAUAUAUCUCUGUCACAGGUUGUUUAUUUCCACAUCAUAUAUAUGUUUGUGUAUUAACAGUACCCUCCACAUGUAACUCUGACUUGGUAAAUAAACCACAGCAAGGACUGUAAACAAGAGCAACUACGUCUGGUCUUGGAAUAUUGUCUGCUCAUCGCAAAACAAUACUCUGAGAGUGCUUGUGCUGUGGAGAGCAUGAGGCAGACACAAAGGACUAUUUUUACAGACAAUUGAUUGCUUUCAUUAACUGCACGACCUUAAAAAUGGUCCGUAAAGGGAUAUGUUGACAAUGUUUUGCAAAAACGGCUGGUGUUCUCUGGUAAGCUAAUGGGUUUUAUUUCCUCACAGAAGACGUCAUAUGCAAAUUGUGAAUUAUAGGACUUCAGAACCAGUUGGCCUUCAUACCAAACAUGGAAUUGAGAAAGCUUACAGCAUUAAAUUUUUACCUUGAGGACUUUUGAUGUAAUAGUUGAUGCAUAUAACAAGACUUGGAACAGUGAAACCAGGGAUAGCAGCAACACCAGGACUAUCAGGUGGUAUUAACAAUACCAGUGGUAAUAACAGUAUCAGUGUUGCCAUUAUAUUAUGGUUUCAGCAAUCUCAACUUUAAAGUUAUCAUUCAAUUAAAUUUGGGGAAAAAACAUUGAAUAACAUUACACCAAACAGUAACAACAACAGGAGAAAGACUGACAAUGUCACAAAUACUCUCAGAUGUCAGAGUAGUGGCAAGCGCCAGCUCAUCGUUGGACAUAAAAUGGACUGUGAACACUCUGAACUCCGUCACAGGCUUCGUUGUCCGUCACCAGCAUGAGGGUAGUCAACGAAUCAUCAAGAGCACUCUCCUGGAGCCCAGUAUCUCCAGUUACGUUAUUGAUGACCUGGAUGCGAACACGCAGUAUCGAGUGUGUGUGGACGUGUACAGUAAGAACUUUACGAGUCCCAGUGCCGUGUGCAUAGAUGCCUUAACCUCCAGCUGGCAUGUGCCCGUUUCUAUUGGUAGCAGCAUAGGGGCCCUAUUAGCUCUUGUAAUUAUUGUAAUUAUUGUAAUGGUGGCAAGAUUCAAAGGGAGCAAACGUACACGGAAGUUCAAAGCAAAUGGAGAAGUUGGGAAGUCCUUCUUCAGUAGCACUGAGACAGAAGCUAGUAGGAAUUUUGAAAUGAGUGAGAUAUCUAUUCAUGCUGAUGACGAAUGCUCGUUCUAUUCAGAAAACUAUGAGGAUGACCUUAACCUUGGUGACCCCCGCCUCGAUGCGGGAGAGAAUGCAAAGCUGAAUACAUACUACAUGCAAGUAAAUUCAACGACAGGAAACAGCGAAGGGGAGACGAGCAUUACACCGGUCCGUAACCCAAGGCAAGUCCACUGGAGUUUCAGUGACAGGAAAUAUUCACAGGAACCAGACUCACAUUCUGAUAUAGGUCAAGGUCAAGGUCAGAAUUCCUUGGAUACAAAAGGAUUUUGCAUGUCAACAGAUGCUGACCUGGGAGUUGAAAAAAAGUCAACUCCAAAUGGUAAGAGACUGGACCUGCAGAGAGGAUGCCCUCUGGUAGCAAAUUCACUUAGCUGUGCAGAUCAAGGUGAAGGUAAAUGUCAAGGUCAUCAUACAUGUGAACUGUCCCCAGAAGUAAAAUGUUGCACAUUAGGCUGUUCACAUUCAAAUUAUACAUGCUUAGGCAGUCCCAACAGGAACAUGCCUUACAAUACUGAAGUGUGUCGCAGCUCCAACAUGUUGAAAGAGCCCAACAUACAGAACUCGCCAUGUAUGUGUUCUCUCACUACGGCAGAUGUACACGUGCACAGACCAGGCAAGGGUGUCACCCUCACACCUAGUCCAAUUUUAAAGAAAAACAAUAACAAUGUUGACUGUGAGAUACAAGUCCCAAAACGCUGGACAAAAAGAGAAGCUGUUAAAGAACACGAUCCUUCCGAGGCAAACAUGGCUGCUCGUGACUUUGUUGAGCUACCCGAAGGGUGGCCUAAUGUUGCCAUGGAAACACAAUGUAAGGAUCUUUUUCGGAAUAUAUCUGCACCGGGAUGUGUAGAGGCAGCCAGCAUUCAGCCUAUUUGUACAGUGGAAGAUGAAAUAUGAUUUUUAGACAAUAUUCAACAUGGUGUGACUACUGAAAUAUUCAUGUAUAAUCUGCUGUGACUGCAAGGAUUGCUGCUAACCACCGAUUAUGAAUAUUGCAAAUGCACUUAAGUGAUGCUACAGCAUUAUUCUUUGCCAUAAACUAAAGAAAAUGAGGACAUAUUCUGAUUAUAGAUAAUUAAACAUCUACUUAUGUACUAUCAGCAUGGCAAAAUUGUGAACAUCAAAUUAUCGGAUGUUUUAAGUUUAAAGGGAACUUUUCAAAAUGGAAAAUGGUGGCUUAUUCGAAGAGACCUUCAAGAGAUAUAUAGAUCUGUAGGAAGUAGACUUGUGCAACUCACUCCCUUUUCACAUCCAGUGAUACAGCUUCUGUACUGCACCAUUUAGACUGGCCAUAAAAGAACUACAUUUGGGGAGGGGAGG